AUGCUACACGGUCGUCAUAUCAAAAGUCUUCUCACAGAGACUUUAAACCCUGUUCAGACGCAACAUUCGAUUCAGGAAGCCCUUCACUCUUCGCUGCUGAUAUCAUCCGAUAAUGGAGCGAUAAUCUCGUAUGCGAACACUGAACCUUCGUCUGUGGGAUACAAUAGCUCUAUAAACAAUCUGAAGAUGAUGGCUUUACUAAUCAAGGACAAGUGGAGCGAAGAUGAGCGAGAUGUGAGCGAGCAAACUACCGAAUGCUGCUAUACGUACGAUCUCGAAAGGGAAACCACCAGAAUUUACACAUACGAGCUUGAAGACCUGCAUUCGUGUGUAGCACAACUGCCGCGUAGCAAUUUGCUGCUGUUGUUCAUUGCAAACCCCAACUAUCCAUAUGGACUCAUGGUACUGAAAAUGAAGUACGCAAUCGGUGCUUUCAAGGACAUGUUUGGAUACAAGCUAGACUAA